AAAAGAGUGAGAGAGAGAGAGAAAGGGAAAGUUUUUUUUUCCCCCAUUCGAUAGUUUCUCAUCUUCGCACUCAAAUUUUCAGAUCCGAUAUAAAAUUUUGUUGUAAUCAGUCCGGACAGGAUCCAGGACAUGCAAGUCUCGGUUGCUUGACUUCAAAUUGUUUUUUUUCAUGCUUCAAUUAUGAGCUUCCGAACCGAAGCUCAUCAUCGGUUCUCUAUUUGUUUCCAUUUAUUGGAGCUCUUAAGUUCUCUGCUGGAGAGAAAGCAAGUUUAUGAGAGCAAUCAAAGAUAAUAUUGACAUAUAUAACACAGUUUCCUAGCUAAACUUGAUUCAAACCACUAUUUCAGGUUCAAUCGCUCUUCAGUUUAGAUUUUAUUUAUUUAUUAAACUCUUUGACCCUAAAUCUUCAUCAGUUAUUGUUGUUAACUGCUUUGGUGUGUUUGAUGAAAUUGAUUGGAGUGUAAGUCUCAUGUUCAACGCUCCAGCAAGAGUGCUUUGGCUAAAUCAAUGUUUAACUCUUCAAAUAUAGUAUCAUUUGUAGUUCCUAGAUUAUUCUUUGUUUUUUUUGUCAAACGGAUUCUUCUUUGUUUAGGUGUUGAUUUUUAGAUGUUAAACUUUUUGUAGAUUUUGUUGUAAAUCAUCUCAUGUCACUGUGUUGCUGUCUUUUUUAAAAAACGUAUUAUUUUUAUUAUACAACCUAGAAUGAAUCAGACUUGAGCAAGUGUCUUGGGAAGCUGUUAGAUCUUAGAAAAUAUGGAAGAAUCAGACUUGGAUAGCGUUUUUUGAAGGCAAUUUCAUUGUUGGAAGCACUAUAAAAGUCUGGAUGAACUUCUGAAACAUCAUUGACCUAAGCCAUGUGAGAUGAAACAGGAGAAAUUAUUGUUUUGAAGGCCUUAAUAUCUGAGACAUGAGUGAAACCAUCAUUGGCGGCAUCUCUUCUAUUAAGUACGAUGAGUCAUGGAGGGUAGUUUCGUCAAAACGUAGUUAUAACAUGCGUCGGUGUUGUUGUUAUUUCUACCGACUCGUCGUAUUAAAAAGGCUCAUGCGUUCCUUCACCGAUAAAUCCUCACUUCUUCGCUGCCAAAUCUCUUCUCCGCCGGAAUAGAUAAUGAGGUCGAUGGAUCGAGUUGGGAUCUGGGUACUUGCGAUUUUGUCGGUUGUUCAUUCAAGUUUUGGCUUUUACCUUCCGGGAAGCUACCCACACAAGUAUGAAGUUGGUGAUUACUUGAAUGUGAAGGUGAAUUCACUUACUUCUAUCGAAACCGAAAUGCCCUUUAGCUAUUAUAGUUUACCCUUUUGUCAACCCUCUGAGGGGAUUAAGGAUAGUGCUGAGAAUUUAGGUGAGCUUCUUAUGGGAGAUCGGAUUGAGAAUUCUCCUUAUAGGUUUAAAAUGUUUAAGAACGAGAGUGAGAUCUUUCUUUGUCAGACUGACAAGUUGUCUGCUGAUAGUUUUAAGCUUUUGAAGAAGAGGAUUGAUGAGAUGUAUCAAGUUAAUCCUAUGCUUGAUAAUUUGCCGGCGAUUAGGUAUACUAAGAAAGAUGGGUAUGUUUUGAGGUGGACUGGGUACCCUGUUGGGAUCAAGGUUCAGGAUGUUUAUUAUGUUUUUAACCACUUGAAGUUUAAGGUUCUUGUUCAUAAGUAUGAAGAGGCUGCUAAUGUGGCACGUGUCAUGGGUACUGGGGAUGCGGCUGAGGUGAUUCCCACGAUUGGGAAGAAAGAUUCUGAUGUGCCUGGGUAUAUGGUUGUUGGUUUUGAGGUGGUUCCUUGUAGUUUUUCUCAUAAUGGUGACUCUACAAAGAAGUUGAAAAUGUAUGAAAGAUACACCACUCCGAUCAAAUGUGAUUCCACUAGUGUUUCCAUGUCUGUUAAGGAAGGUCAGUCCAUUGUCUUCUCGUAUGAAGUUAGUUUUGAGGAGAGUGACAUCAAAUGGCCAUCUAGAUGGGAUGCGUAUCUGAAGAUGGAGGGUUCAAAGGUUCAUUGGUUCUCCAUCUUGAACUCGCUAAUGGUAAUCACUUUUUUGGCCGGUAUCGUCCUCGUGAUAUUCUUGAGAACUGUUAGGCGAGAUUUGACCCGCUAUGAGGAGCUUGACAAGGAGGCUCAGGCUCAGAUGAACGAAGAGUUAUCUGGGUGGAAGCUUGUUGUGGGUGAUGUUUUCCGUGCUCCAUCAAACGCCUCUCUUUUGUGUGUCAUGGUUGGUGACGGAGUUCAGAUUCUUGGCAUGGCUGUUGUAACCAUUUUGUUUGCUGCUCUUGGGUUCAUGUCACCGGCUUCACGUGGAACACUUAUUACGGGUAUGCUCUUCUUCUACAUGAUUCUUGGCAUUGCAGCUGGUUAUGUUUCUGUUCGUCUCUGGAGGACAAUUGGCUGUGGCGAUCACCGUGGAUGGAUGUCUGUUGCAUGGAAAGCUGCUUGCUUUUUCCCGGGUAUUGCUUUUCUGAUCCUUACAACGCUCAACUUCCUUCUAUGGGGUAGCCAUAGUACUGGAGCCAUUCCUUUCUCGCUAUUUGUUAUCCUCAUCCUCCUGUGGUUUUGCAUCUCGGUUCCUCUCACUCUUAUCGGCGGUUACUUUGGAGCCAAGGCUCCACACAUUGAGUUCCCAGUUCGAACCAACCAAAUUCCUCGGGAGAUCCCAGCUCAGAAAUACCCAUCGUGGCUUCUGGUUCUGGGCGCUGGAACACUUCCAUUUGGGACCCUCUUCAUCGAGCUUUUCUUCAUCAUGUCUAGCAUCUGGAUGGGACGUGUCUACUAUGUCUUUGGAUUCCUUUUUGUUGUAAUGAUCCUUCUUGUGGUAGUGUGUGCCGAGGUUUCCCUAGUGCUAACAUACAUGCACCUGUGUGUUGAAGACUAUAAAUGGUGGUGGAAAUCCUUCUUUGCAUCAGGAUCCGUUGCAAUCUACAUCUUCAUAUACUCGAUAAAUUAUCUAGUCUUUGACCUGAAAAGCUUGAGUGGACCAGUUUCAGCAACUCUUUAUCUCGGAUACUCUCUCUUUAUGGUCUUGGCAAUCAUGCUCGCAACAGGUACCAUCGGUUUCCUCUCUUCCUUCUGGUUCGUGCACUACUUGUUUUCUUCGGUGAAACUUGACUAAGGAGGGAGCAGACCAGAGGCUUACGGGUCAAGAGGAAUUGAUUAACUUUUUGGAGAGAACUGAUAUCGUUUAAGCAAAGGCAUCAAUCAAUCAAGCCAUAUAUAAUUGCUCCAACAAAAGGAUGUGUAAGGGGUUCAUUGUGUCAUACUGAAGCUUCAAAUUUUUCUUUAUUCGUCGUUUCAUGUAGGAAAAAUUUANUUUUUUUUUUUUUUUUUUUUAAUUAAAUUUUUGUUGUAUCUUUCUAUGGUAAUGCCUCUGAACCUAAAAAGUGUUUAUUUUUUGGGAAAAUUACUAGUUUGACCCAAAUUGAACAGUUAA